GUAAAGUCGCUUCAAACUGUUCGUGGUUCAGUCUUCACUCUUCACUCUUCACGCGUCUCGUUCACUCGCGUCCGUGAAAUUACGCAGCGCGAGCGCGGACGCGUUACAUCAUCAGCGCACCUUAACGCAGGUGACACAGGGCACCCGGAAGAACACGCGCAUCAACUAUCACACGAGUCACUUGAGUUGCAAUCAAGCCCAGAAGAGCCGAGCAGAUCACAGUCAUGUCAGAGCUCAAGAAGAACAAGUUGUUUAUUGUGCUGAUGGAUGUCGUGUGUGUGCUCGUGGUGGCGAUGCCGUUCAUCAUAAUGACCAUCAUGUUCCGGCCGUACCAGCGUGGCGUUUACUGCGAUGACGAGACCAUCCGUUACCCCUACAGACCAGACACCAUCUCUCACAAAAUGAUGGCGGCCGUUACCAUUUCCUGCUCCAUCAUUAUCAUCACUUCUGGAGAGGCCUGCCUGGUCUACACCAAACGUCUCUAUUCCAAUUCAGACUUCAACCAGUACGCUGCGGCGCUCUAUAAAGUGGUGGGGACGUUUCUGUUCGGCGCGUGUGUGAGCCAGUCUCUGACCGAUAUGGCUAAGUACACCAUCGGACGCUUGAGGCCCAACUUUAUCGCGGUGUGCGCUCCAGAAGUGUGCGAGGGCUACACGCUGGAGAUCAACUGCACGGGAAGCUUUCGCAACGUGACCGAAUCCAGGCUGUCGUUCUACUCCGGUCACUCCUCCUUCGGGAUGUACUGCAUGUUGUUUCUGGCGCUGUAUGUGCAGGCACGUAUGGCAUCCAAGUGGGCCCGCCUCCUCCGGCCCACAAUUCAGUUCUUCCUGGUGGCCUUUGCCAUUUAUGUGGGAUACACGCGUGUGUCUGACUACAAGCACCACUGGAGCGACGUGGUGGUGGGUCUCCUGCAAGGGGCACUGAUCGCAGUCCUCACGGUGCGAUACGUCUCGGACUUCUUCAAAGAGCGCCCCCCUCGCUGUCCGGAUGUUGAAAAUGCUGAAAACGAAGACAGCGAACGUAAGCCCAGCCUUCAGAUCGCAGACACGGACAGAAACCAUUACUCCUACAGCAGGCCUGUAUGAGCGUGACCUUUGAGCUGUGAGAGCACUGGACAGACAGCCACACACUGUACACUGGCACUGACUGCGCUCUCUUCCACAGGACAACACUCCCAUUUCACACAGAGAGAGCGCACGAGUGAAUGCAUGAACUAACACUGAAUAUUCGAUUUUAUACUUCUUUACAGACUGUGUUUAUACCCAGAUUUGUCCUAUGCACGCUCGUAUACGCCAAGUGCACAGAUCGCCUGACAUCUAAUGAACCGUGAGGGACUUUAUUGUAUCAGAGCACAACGACGAACUUCUCCAAGGGGAACUGCUCGUUUCCAUGACAACCUCAAAACCACCGGUUGACAUUUACUGACUCGCUGUACUUCUGCUGUCGGAAGCGAUUCUUUCGGAAUGGGAAAGAAAGUGAACUAUUCUAAGCCAUCAGAAGACAAGAAUUCAUGAACAUGAAACAGAUGCCAAAAAAGGUCUUUCUCACAUUGUCAAUUAGACAUUUUG